GUCACUUCCCAUAUAUAUCGGAAGUUGAGUUUCUAUUGGCCAGGACUGUGGGCUCUGCGGUGAUUGAAUUGCUGCUAUUGCGUGUGUACAACCAGAUGAACGCGCGUGGAUUUUGAGUACUACGAACCGGCUGCGGUGAUGUGAAUAAUGCUUCUGUGUUUCUAUACAGGUGUUUGCUAGAAGGUCCUGUCAGAAGAACAAUGCCUUGAAAAACAGGCAAUGGCUAUCAUACAUUGUCAGUCAGCAGGAUGGCUACUGGAUCAUCUCUUCUUCAUAAACCAGUCUGGCUACCAGUUGUGCCACACCCAUGAACAUUAUUCCGGAACCUUUUUUGAUGCUUCUGCUUUCUCAGAUAAGGAUCCUGUUGUGGCCACUACCCCAGUUAAUUCAGAUUCUUGUAAAAAAAGGUCGGCUUCUGAGCAUGGAACUGCAGGGAAGAAAUCAGAUGAAAUGCUGCAAAAGACAUACUACUUGUUCAGGGAAGAAUUUUUUAGUGUGUUUAAGCCCCACAUAGCUGCAGACUUUCAAAAGGAACUUCAGCAGUGGAACUCUGAGGUUGGUCUAGAAGACAAAGGAUCAGAACAGCAGGAAGGAGCUGAGAGUGGCAACACUCAUUCUGAAGCUGCUAAAAAGAAACGAAAAAGAAGAAGCAGUGUAUUAAAUCAUGGUGAACGUGAUGCAUUAGAAUAUCAUUUAAGGAUAAAGAAGAUGAUUUCAGAGGGUACCAGAAGUUUAGUCCAGGAGGGGCUCAAAAGUGGCUUUCUCCAGCCCAGUUCUGCAAAACUAAUCUGUUCCAGGACUCAUGACACAAGACACAGUGAUUUCAGUUUAGCUGAAUUAUGUGAGAUGGCAAAACAGUAUUUGUUUGUAAAUGAAACAGAAGAAAGCAUUGUAUGCAAGCUAAAUGAAGACAUCUCUGUGCCAGAACAGGUUCAGCUUUCCCGUGUUACAGAAAAUGUCACAAAUGAUACAAAGUUAAUAACAUUAAUGGGACAUAAAUAUUUAUUUCCACCCAAAAGCAGUUUUCUUUUAUCUGAUAUUUCUUGUAUGCAGCCACUUUUGAACUAUAAUAAAAAAUUUGGUGUAAUUGUAAUUGAUCCACCAUGGGAGAACAAAUCUGUUAAAAGAAGUAAUCGGUAUAGCUACUUGCCAUCAUGGCAAAUCAAGCAAAUUCCUGUGCCUGCCCUGGCAGCCCCAGGGUGCCUUGUGGUCACAUGGGUAACUAACAGACAGAAGCAUCUCCGUUUUGUAAAGGAUGAACUUUAUCCCCUCUGGGCUGUGCAUGGAGUGGUAGAAUGGUAUUGGGUGAAGAUUACAAGGUCUGGAGAGUUUGUGUUUCCAUUGGAGUCUCCUCACAAGAAGCCUUAUGAAAUUCUCGUAUUGGGCAGAAUCCAAGGAAGUACGGCUAUGACAUUAAGAAUAUCAGGAGAUCAAGCACUUCCAAUUCCAGACCAUAAAUUAAUUGUGAGUGUGCCUUCCACUCUUCAUUCACAUAAGCCUCCUCUUACAGAGAUUCUGAAAGAAUAUACCAGACCAGAUGUGGAGUGUUUGGAACUAUUUGCUCGGAAUUUGCAGCCUGGAUGGACCAGUUGGGGCAAUGAAGUUAUCAAAUUUCAGCAUAUGGAUUACUUCACUGCAGAGUAAAAUAAAAAGUGACUUGAGCUGAGUGGCUCUGGUGGCAGUCUGAUCACGUUUUUGCAAUCAACCUGUGAAGCUUAGGAGUUUGGACUACUAUAUACACAUCCAGUCCUCUAAGAACUGUACAUGUCUGUUUGAGUUGGGCUCUAGGGAUUUCUGUGAAUUAGAAAUCUCCCUGCAAAGUAAUUACAAUGUGUAUAUACUUGAAUAAAAGAAGAGAGAGGAUAGGUACAUAUGAGUUAUCAGGGCAUGUCCAGUACCAUGUAUGCCCAAUGGGUAACCAUUUCACAUGUAUACUAAUUUAUUCCCUAGAACUAAGUGUUGCACAAUAUAUUAAGAAUAUAUUUCGCAUUUUAUAUCUGAAUGUGGUUUUUUAUUUGGAAACAAAGGCUUUAUAAAUUAAUCUAAGACUAAAGUUGAACAUUAUUAUUAUUUCUAAGGUACCUGUACUUACUACCCAGCUAAAAUUAAUUAUGCCUGUGUCACGCUGAAUACAAUAGGACUUGGAGUAAUUGUGAUUGGUUUGUUCCGUUAGCUUCAAUGGAAGUUAAGUGAGACCACCGCUGGAUUUGACAUUCUUUUAUUUUAACAUUUUUCAUCUCCCUGAUAUAUGACAACUUACAUCGAGUAAAUAUUCUUCUGUAAGGUUGCUUUAAAAAAAGGUUCUACAAAGAAUAUGACAAUAAUUAAUUUUUAGAAUGACAAACACAUAUAUCCUCUUGCUUUAGGGUUUGAAAAAGUCACUCUAAUAAAAAUUACCAUAUGUCAGUAUGCAAGAUUGCAUCAAGAGGGAUAUCUUGAGAGAGGAAAUCACUGUUAUGUAAGAUGGAGGAGAAUAAAUCUCUACAAUAAAUUAGAUAAACUUUGGAUUGUUCCGAGUGCUUUUAAAUUUUUAAAUAAGCCCUGGAAGUUUACAAAUGGAUUUUUUCUGUACUUUUAAUAAUAAAAAAUCAAUUUCAGAAA